AUGGUGGCCGGCAGCGCGAGGAACGAGUUCGCCGGACUCGGGGCGCGCGGCAACGAGGCGCCUGGCUCGGCCCCAGACACUGAGGACCUCCGUGUGCUCGGUUUCGCAGUGGACCUCGCGCGAGACGACGCGGCGGCCGCGCGGCAGGAAGGCGGGCGUCUUCUCGUGCCCUGCCUCGGCGACGCGUCCGUCAUGGUGGACCGGUUCGACGUGCGUUGCCUCCUGCCCACUGUGGCGGGGGCACCCAGGACGAGUCCGGGCGCUACAGAAACUCCGGAAGAUAGCGACCUGGGCGGCCGCUGGGCGCAGCGCACGAACGUGGACGCGGCGCCCGCCGACGUCGCGUGCUCCGAGGACCCCGCGCUCGGCGGCCCGCUCGACCCCGACAGCCUCGACUUCGAGCGCUUCGCCGAGCUCCCCUCCGCCGACUCCGCCCCCGAGACCCCCCCAUUAGCUCCCCCAGUAGCUCCCCCCCCGCCCGCUCCGCUGCCCGCCACCGCCGCCGCCGCGAACGGCGACCCCGCGACGCCCUACGACCCCGCGGGCGGCGCCGAGCUCCCCGCGGAGCUCUAUACGUCCCCGGGGGGACUCCCAGGCAACGUCCGUGAGGACCGCAUCAUCCACCAAACCGCGGCCUUCGUGCGCGCGAGCGGCGGGCAGGCCGAGUUCGUCCUCGCGGUGCGGCACGCGCGCGACCCGCGCAUGCAUUUCCUGCGCCCCGAGCACCCGCUGCACGCGUACUAUCAGUGGGUGCUGCGGGCAGCGCCGCACGUGGAGUGGCCGGGCGGCGGCGGCGCGGCGGAGCGCGCGCGGCGCGGGGAGGACGGCGAGGGGCGCGCGCUGGUCGGGUACUCGUCGUCGGACGAAGAGGACGCCGCGGCGGAGCCGGGGGACGGCGGCGAGGAGGGUGUUCAGAUCCCGGAGCGGACGCGCGCGCUGAUCGAGCGCAUGGCGUCGCGCGUCGCGACGAACGGCGCGGCGUUCGAGGCGCGCGUCAGGUCCUCCGCGCAGGCCUCGCUCCUCCCCUUCCUCAGCCCAACACACCCCCACUUCUGGUUCUACCGCCAGGAAAUCGAGCGCCGGUGCGGCGACGACGUCGCCGCCGAGGUCUUCGCGGGCCUCGCCGUCCCCGCAGGCCCGGAGCCGCCCCCCGCGGCCGCCGCGGCGGAGGACGACCCCCCCGGCACCAGCACCGACCACGACGCCAACGGCGACGGCGACGUGGCGUCGGAGGGCGGCGAGGACGACGGCGCGACGACGGGCGACAGGGUCGGCCUGCGCGCGGCGGACAGCGCGCACGACGACGGGUCGGGCUCGGCGACCUCGCAAACGGACGCGGGCGCGUCGAACGGCGACGGGGCGGCGGAGGGAGACAGCGGGGGGGGUCUCGACGCGUUCCUGGCCGGAAGCGCGCCGCUGAAGGGCGCGGACGGCGGCGCGGAGCCGCCGGCGGCGGGGCGGCCGUUCCGCAUCCGCAGCAACCCGCUCAUGCCGGGGGUGCGGGGAGUGCGGCGCGGGGGGGGGGGUGUUGGUGUGGCGAGCGCGGGGGGCGAGAAGGCGCCGGGGGACGGCGAGAAGGCGGCGUCGGAGGAGGCGAAGCGCGCGGAGCGCCGGCGGCGGGCCCGGGAGGUGCUCGCGCGGAUCGCGCGGGCGCAGGAGAGGUCGGGCGGCGCUGGGGCGGCGGCGCGGUCGCCGCUCGAGGUCUCGACGCCGCCGGAGACCUUCGCGCACAUCCGCAAGGCCAAGGCUGCGUUUCUGCGGGAGGACGACGAUCUGGGGGAUAUAGUGCCGGAGGCCGGGGGCUCGCCGGCGGGGUGGGGCGAGGGCGACGCGGAUGGCGAGGAGAGGUGGGGGAGUGAUGGCACGGGGGGGGGACUGGGAGCGGUGAAACGGCCGCGCGCUGCGUCGCCGGCGAUGGACGUGGGCCCGCGGAGCAGGCGGCGGAGAGGCGUGCUGUAG